CCGGCGUCCCUCAGUCCGUGCGGUCGCGUUCGGUACUCGCAUUCGAUCCGCUGAAUCACGUGCGUCCUCGGCAAAGGGUGAGAGAGAAUAAAGCAGGCGAUGUCGACAUUAAUGCUCCUCGAACGCGUCACUGCAGCAUCAUCGAAUCGCCCUCGAGAUGUGUGAAACUCCUCCAGGAUUACCGCUACAGCUGGAUCCAUGAUUGUGGCAAAAUGGUGGAUUGGCAAAAGGCACUUCUAAUGGUGUUAUUGGCGUUCCUGAUCUAUCCAAACGAUAUUUUUGGCGGCGCUUUUCAACCCGAAUUCUCCGGCCCUAUCACCAAUCUAACCGUGCCACUCGGGAGGGACGCCACUUUCACGUGUCUGGUGAAACAUCUAGGAGGUUACAGGGUCGGUUGGGUAAAGGCGGACACGAAGGCGAUUCAGGCGAUACACGACCACGUGAUCACGCACAACCAGAGGGUCUCCGUGUCCCAUAGCGACCACUCUAUAUGGAACCUGCAUAUCAAGGGCGUCCAGAAAGAGGACGGUGGCCUCUAUAUGUGUCAAAUCAAUACGGAUCCCAUGAAGAGUCAGACAGGUAUGCUGUCUAUCGUUGUGCCACCUGAUUUCGAUCCGGAAGCUACGUCGAGCGAUAUGAUGGUGGGCGAAGGCGGCCAGGUGAAGUUAACGUGCCGAGCGAGAGGCGUACCCGAGCCGCGCGUAUCCUGGCGCCGGGAAGACGGCAGGAACAUUAUAAUUCGGGAGCCAUUUGCAGGAAGCGCCCCGAACCAGAAGUCUCAAGCAAAUCACGUAACCGAAUAUCUCGGCGAAGAGCUGAAGCUGACGAAGAUCUCGAGGAACGAGAUGGGAGUUUAUCUGUGCAUCGCCAGUAACGGAGUUCCGCCCGCAGUCAGCAAACGUAUUUAUAUCAACGUUCAUUUUCCGCCAGUGAUUCACGUACCCAAUCAGCUAGUUGGCGCGCCCUUGGGGACCGACGUGGUCCUGGAAUGCUUCGUCGAGGCGUCCCCCAUGUCUAUUAACUAUUGGGUCAAGGAUCCAAAGGGUGCAAUGAUAAUAUCCAGCGUCAGGCACGACGUCCAGGCGAUGCCGAAGUCACCGUUCGAGGUCCGGAUGAUCCUCACGAUCCGGAACUUGCAGAAAAACGACGUGGGAACGUACAAGUGCGCGGCCAAAAAUUCCCUCGGCGAGGUCGAGAGUAGUAUUCGAUUAUACGAAAUUUCGGGACCGGCAAAGACGCAGACACCACCGUGGCCGCCGCUCUACGACGAAGAAGACGAGGCGAUGUUCGGUUCGGCGGAGAUGGACAAGACGGAGAACAAGCCACUGGCGGUGGAUAACACGGUCCACGGACACGUGGGUUAUCCAUCGCUCGUCACGCCGUCCUCCACGAUCCGCGUCGGCAAGAAACGACCGAUAAACGCCAGUUCGGGCACUGAUCCUUAUCCACAACGGCUCUACGUCCUAGUAACGUCGCUGUUGUCGCUUCUAAUCGUUCGCCGAAGAUGGUGAUGGUGAUGAGAAACGGAAAAGAGCCGAGGAAUUCUGAAAAACUUGGUCGAGGCACUCGUCGUCAGUGCUCGCGAUCGCACACGUUGCGAUUCUCGUAAUGCGAUCUCUCGCAACGGCAUAAUUCACUUUCGGAGAAGAAGCGUUGUUACAUAUGAUCCAUGACCAUAGACUCGAAGUUGUUUGUAUAGAAAACUGCCGCGGAAAAAAGAAAAUAGAAUAGAUAUUUGAGAAAAUUCGGUGCUGUGUUCUCCAAACGUACUAUAUUUUAAUUUUGACUAAUCAGUGCGAAGAAGCCGCUGCUACGCCCGGUAGUCAAGUCUCCGCGCGAGGUAAAAGCCCGCAAGCUUUAAUCUUCAUUGGCUAUUCAGCAGCUUGCUCGGCUCUGUACAGCAAAAACAACUUCGAAUGGGCUUAAGUCGCCGCCGCCGACGACGACGUAUCGUCUUCCCUGAGUGGCUUAUUCGUAAUUCGUAGACCUAAUCAAUGCAUCGGAAGCUCGCGGAAGGGAUGAACCAAGUGGGACUGUAGACGGGAACGUGCAUUGCAGGGUAUAUUGAUCGUGAUACUUGGAUCGGAAAAUCGAUCGGUGGAGUGCUAAGUUAAUUAAAUUCAGGGAUCGAAUACAAUUUAGUACAAUUUAACUCGGUUCUGCUUUCGAUAUUGUCACAGUAUUACAAUAGUGCCCUAGAAUUUUACUCCAACGUACGUGAUCUUACACGCAGGCUAUCACCGUUUCAUCUAAUCUCAGCAGUGAUUUAUUAAAAUGGAUCCUCAAUAUUAAUUAAGAGCUAAAUGAUUUUUGUGUAAAAUAUCAACUACUCUACGUGGAGGCAUACGCGAUAUCAAAUCAAAUUGCGGGUUCUCGAUUAGAUCGAAACGUUAUCAGAAAGAGAGAGAAAUAACGGAUGUAAAAGGUAAGGGAGAAGGCGAGGAAGCGAUAGAGGCUGAAAUUGAACAGACAGGCAAAGUCAACGAUAAGGAGAAGAACAUAGCUCGAAAUGAAGAUAAAUCUUGGAAUAAUAUUCGCGCGGAUCGAAGAGUCAGAUGCGUAAACUUCUCAGUUUCGGCGGCAAUAAAUCUGCGUGAUAUGUACAUAUUUACGUGUAUUAUAUACAGGCACGCUCGCACGUGUAUAUGUGUGCAUACGUCAGGGUAAAUUAAACACAUUCGUGCCACUUUUUUCCCCCAGCUCCCCGCUGCGCUCUCCGAUCGCGUGCGAGCGGCGAGGCGUUCCGUAGAUAGCCCUUUACGAUUACGCCUGUGUAAUAGGAUAUGUAUCGCGAGUUUAAACGAGUAUUGAAAGCUUUAAAGGAGUUCGAGCCGGAAGUAGCAAGACGCCGUGUCUCGCGCGCCCGUCUUGGCGGACGUCCUCGAUCUCUUGCGAAUCGAUCGCGGACGAGCGGCCGCCCCCUGCACCCUCCCACUCGCCCCCAAGUUGUUCGCCACACACGCCUCGAUCACGGACGUGCGAUCAUACCCGUCCCCUUUCGCAAACUUUCUUUUCUUUUCCACAAGGUUACCGUUCACUCGGGGGAGUUUUUUUACAGCGCUCUCGGUUAGCAGCUCUCGACAGCGAAACUCUUCAGUCAACACGGAAUUAAGUAUGUCUUUGGAGAAACAUUUAGUGCUCUACUUUUUGAAUGCGAUUCUCUGUACCAAAAUGCUCCCCGAUAACAGUGGAGAGUCGUUUUCAAUGAUUGUUCACUCGAGGGUUUUGCUUUUGAGUACUCUCGAUAUUAGAACUUUCUUUCGGUUAAAAUAAAAUUGGAUGAUAUCCAUCGGGUAUUUACUUGAAAACUUUAACAGCAACUGUCGAUCGCGAAUUUAACACAAACUUGAAAGCGAUGCUGAACAAAGCUCGAUUCUUGAAAGUUACAUUUUCUAAAAGUGGAAACUAAAAAAAAAAAAUAAUAAUAAAAAUUUAAAAAGCACAUUUUUUUAUAAAAGAAAGAAAUGCUGACGAUUUUGACAAGUAACCCGAUUGAAUAAUACAUUUCCGGAUACUGUUUAAAUAAAUAAAAUCAGCAUCGGUCAAGCACAGUUAUUUUUGAUUCUCUUGAUCGAUUUAACGACGAGACAGUGAACUCGUAUUUUGCAUUCGACAAAUUAAUAUAACAAAUAAUAAUUUUAUAUAAUGCAUUUGACAUUUUUAUGAUCCUUUAUAAGUCUAAUUCCUUUAUAAAAUCUUUUCAAAAAGGAUAUAAAUCUAAAACGAUGUUAAACUAAUUUUAAUUUUUUAUAAUCAAUGUAAAAUUUGUUAAACUAAUUUUAUUUGUAUAAUCGAUGUAAAAUAAAAUUGUCCUUAAAAGGAUGUAAAAUUACGAACUAAUGUCUAAAAUUAGCAUUUUUAAUUAGAGUUAAAAUAUGUAAAAGAGAUAUUUAAAACGAUAAAAAUGCUUCACAAAAAACCUAUGUGCAUAAAUCACGAGCUGUAAUGAGACUUAUAGGAGCAAUUCAAUCAAAAUGUGAUAAGCCAAUAAAAAUUUUUGCUGAUCGCGCGUCCAAUGGUCAGGAAGUGAUAUCUGAUUAGUUUCUGGUGUGAGCUAAACAACUUAUAAGUGUUCGAUAGAUCAAUGACGAUCGUUUCCUGGCGCGAAUCGCUUCGAGCGAAUAUGCAGAAUGUGCGAAAGAGUGUGAGAAACAGACUAAAGAAAAAAAAAAGAGUGAGUGAGAGAGAGAACGAUACUAAUUAUAUUUUUAUAUUUCCACCGUAACGUGCUUACGUUCCGUAUCGAUAGACUUUUAAUUACCGUCAAAGUUUUGUUCAGCUAUUUCAACCGUUGCUAUCGUGACAUUCGGUUUCCGCGGUAAUUUCUUUAAUUAUAUUUGACGUUAUAAACAACAAACGUCGUGACGUAAUGGCGCGUCCAGAUUGGCCGAUUCCGCUUUCGGAUCUCCAUACUGUUUUCAGAUGAAAAUUCACAAAGUGGAUCUAAUACAAUCGUGGAAAGAUAACAAAAUCGAUCGCAUCGAUUCCCACGCACCGCUCUCGCUACGACAGUUUUGUAUUCACUAAAUAAAUCGGGCGUCCCCGUGGGUGCUUGGUUUUGAAGUUUUAUGGCAACUGAAAUUGCAUCUCGUUACGCUUCGCGGUUCGUUUUCGGUACUCGCCGACAGCUCUCUCGCAGGAGCGUCAUACGUGCCCAAUUUCCAUUAAAAUCCAUUUUCAUGUAUGUCUCAAUCGAUUUGCCCUUCAUGAUUGGUUCGCCCACGCCUAAUUCCUUUUAAAUACAGAUCAAACUUUUUUUCACGUAGUACACGAUGGGAGUUAAUCCUUUUACUAUCAUACUUAAAUUCAAAAGGUAAAGACCGUAAUGAAGUUUUUAUAUUGCGGAUAGUUUGCAGUUUCAAAGUAAUAUUGACGUUAAAAAAAAGAGAGAGAGAAGUUUUAAUGGUGAAAUGGUUAUAAAGCGUUCGCUGGCGUUGUUGCAAAAUGCAUGACAAAAUGGAGAUACGUUAAAUGAUAUUUUAGAAGAACCGUUACUUUAUAUUCUCGGUAUCGUGUAUUGUACAUUCACGUAUUGCUCCGCUGAAACAUCGCGUCUGAUAAAUUUGUCUCUUGCAACGUUUUUCUCGGGAGCCCUUCAAUUAACCAAUGGCCCAUUUCGCGUUCGAUAUAAUAUGCGACGUGCCACAUUCGUCACUGCAAUCUACGUCGAAAUGGCCGGUCGCAAAAAAAAACCCGGUUAGCGAAGCGUCCUCAAGCGUCCUCACGAGAGCCAAUGAAUGGUCGCUCUCCCGGUGACCGAAAAAAAAACCCUCGAGAAAAAAAAUCGCGACGCUUUUUCCCCCGACGGGCCAAAUCGCACUCGUUUGCGACACGCAGCCGUAACCUGUGAGGCCGCGGAUGAGCGUGUUCCCUCUUAUUUCGUCGGAGGGAAUCCUCGUUCCAGAACGAUUAUCGUCCCUCUCUCUCUCUCUCUCUCUCUCUCUCUAUCUCUCUCUCUUUUAUUCUUCGGCGGCGCGGGAAACGACGGAAAGACGGGCCGCCUCUCUCGGUCACUGUGAGAAAUUAUAAGGGUGAAUUCGCCUUUAAGGACUAGAGGAAGAAGAUCUUAGUUCCUCCAUAAAUAAACACAACUGCCCGCGCAGCUGGCGCGGACGUAAUUCAUCGUGAAUUAAUUUAAGGGCCACCUCUCUCUCCUUCGCAGCCUCCUCCCGCCGUUCCACGUUUUCAUUAGAAGGCCCGCCGCCGCGCCGCGCCGUACCGAGGCCGCCAUUUGGCGGCUCUCGCUUUUAUGCUGAUUUUAUUUCUCUUCUUUCGCGAACUCGGGCAUCCACGGAGCAAUUGUGCGGUAUUAUUAUCCACCGCGAGUGUCGGGGUGGCACGAACGACCAUGUGACAUACGGCCCAUCGAACCAUCGGGCGAGAGCCAAAAUAAAGAAGACUUCAAGGUUCUGCCUUUCCUUCGUCCUCGUCUUCUUAUCACCAUCUCCGUUCUCAUCGUUGAUAUCGUCAUGGUGCCUGAAGAUGUCAACGACUUCAUAUGACUUCCAAACGAGCUUACCGUUCCGUUUGGACUACAUUGCGUAGUCGUCUUUAUAAAGUUACAGUUGCAAUUGCAUCACCUCGCACUGGCCCCCCCAAGCCGUUUCUCUCUUUCUCUCUCUCUCUCUCUCUGGCUGUGGCUGCUCGUAGAUUUCUGCUCCUCUCCCCCUCGGCCGUUCGCUUAAUCUCCGUCGGUUACGCUUAUUAAAGUCCCGAGAGGUACGACGUGUAAGCCCGUCGAGGCGAUAUACACGGGGGACGCAGAUAGUUACGUAUGCGCGCUGGUUGCACGACUGUUGGUUUAUCGCGCGCUCGCAGUCGGUGCUUUUCCCCCGUUUCGACGUGCCAGACGAAGGAUAUAGUUUGAGAAGUGAACACUUCAACACGUCGCAACGAGAACGAUCAAUGUAAUUCCGCGACUCGUCGCAAAGGGACAAAUGCGUUAUUUACGCGUAAACGCGUAGCGUUUCCUCCGUUUUUGUCUGAUUUGUGAAAUGACAUCGUUUGUAACCACGGUAGCCAUAGUAAGGCCAUGGUGCAAAAAUAAUUACCUCUAAAUUACAUCGCGCGCACGUUGAUUAAUUAUUUUUGAUUCAAAAUUAACGAAUAAAUGAUUCAUGAAUCGAUAUUCGUCAAUUGUCGCGUCUUUCUACAAUUCCAGUAUCUAUAAUGAUUUUAAACGUCAGUUCUUCUUCACCUUGAGACGUUUCAACGUUGAUAUAUUUUGGCACUUUAACUGCCAGACGAUUUGGGAUUUUUCUACGACACGAUCGAACAGCUUCGAGAAGUUUGUUUUAUGAGUCUUAAGUGGGUCGAUUGAACUGGUAUAAAGUUUUAAGAGUUUUGGAGAAGGAGAAUUAGCCAACUUCCUUUUAUCUGCGUGAAUUAUCGCCUCCGUGGAUCGUCCCUUUUGGCAUUUACGUUGACAUUGUGUGAAAUAAUGCUAUGCUUUUUAUCCUUCCGUUCUUACGACAUUGUACGAUAUGAAUAUUUCGCGACGCAAAUUUCAUCUAUUGUACUUUUCUUUAUUUCAAUUAUGCGAUACUAUCGAACGAACGAAUUUUUUUCGUACAAAAUGUCGAUGUACUAUACGAUUCCUGAACUUUCUUCGUCUCUUUUUUUUGUCACGGUAUACCCAUGCUUAUCUUUUUCAUGGCUUCUCUUUUAUUUACUUUAGUUUUCGCAACGUGGCUUGUUGUAGUCGUUAGUUUUUCUUUGCGCUUAUUGAGUCGUAAAUAACAUAUCUUCCUUAUCGAACGAAAACACCGUUGCAAAAAAAAACCUAUCCAAAUACCUGUUCUAGAAUUUUUCGCUCUUCGUGCAGUAGUUUUCACAAUCGAGUUUCGAGGCUGUGUUAACUUAUACUCACAUAUAUACGCUCAUACACACACACACACAUAAAACAUAACUAGGUUCAAAAUAUUUUCAGUUCAUAUCAUUGACAUAUACCAUAAUAUCUAACAAAAAACAAAAUAGCAAGAAUUAGAUGUUAUCAAUUUAUGAUAAAAAUAUGAUUUUUUGCAACAGGGAAAAUUUUCUUUCGCAUAAAUUGGCAAAUGCGGAUUCAAAAAUAAAGUAAUCUUGAGAAAAUAAAGAUCGAAUAAGGCAACUGUAUUGAAGUGCAAUGAUCACUUUUAAAAUGUAUAUCUAUUCUUUCAAUCUUCGAUCGUACGGAUAAUCGGAUUCUCAUUAGUAUUGGGAUACAAUUCUCUCGAGAAAAAAAAUCCAUAAAAUGUAUUAUGGAUGUAGCAUGGAAAAAACGUUCUCGCGCGAGAGCUGCCGAUGAAUUUUCUGCGUAGCGGGAUACAGUGCCGCGAAAUCCCUAAUGUCGCGUCCGCCGUGGAGACGAUCACUGGCGGUUAUCUACGUGUCACUCGGCGAGUCCUACGGCGGCUCAUUCCUCCUUUCGCGCUUCCAAAUACUCCUUCAGACUGCAAUAUCAGACAAUACAAGAAAACGAAACUUCGAAUACUUGGAAAACUGUUAGCGGUGUGCAUGAUGCGAAGGAUGAUUUCACAACUCUUUAAGGAAUAUCUAAACUCUCCCCUCCCCACCCCUUCUCUUCCAACGCCGCUGAGCUUUAGAUCGUAAAGCCAUAUUUUAUUAACAUCAGAAGAGUCGAGAUAAAGUAAUAUUUUUUUUAUUUGAUUCAAUAGACUGUCUUCGAUUAUCGAUCUAUUACAUAUCUUCAGAGUACAGACAUAUCCUCGAUCAUAUUAAAACACAAAAUGGAAAAAUGUUAUCUUAAGGUAAGUAAUUAACUUAGACUAUCAAAGGGGCCUUGAUCCGGCAAUCAAUCACGUAUACUAUCAAUGUUUUAUUUAUCUACAAACUUGAAUCUUGUAGUCGUUUAAAAGCUUUAUAUUUCUACCUUUUUAAAUAAAAAUUUUCCUUCAAUUAUGCUUUCCUCUUUCUUUAAUAAAGAGUUUCGAGAAGUGUUCUCUUAGAAAUGAAAAUUUAUUAAAUCUAAAAAGAAAAAAAAAAUUGUAGUAAACAAGGCGUGUCUUUUUCAAUCUACGGUCGUAGAUACAGAAGUCUCGAUUCUUCUGAUGUUAAUCACGAGGUAACAAUCCUGUUGCGUUUUAAUCGAUAUGAUGUAUUAUAUACUUUUUGUAAGAUAAUAAAAAAUCGAAUACACGGUUAAAAAGCGUUCCUUGGUUAGAUUUAUGUAAGUCCCAGUAAGUCGAGAUGCGUCCCGGAAUCUUCUUGUUCCUGACGGAGAAUAUCUCGCGAGACGGAAAUGUGCUUUAAGAAUUCUUCGGAACACGAAACGUGCUUACACGCUUGUCGAUGAGUGUUCAAGAAGCUAAUUAAACGAAUUGCAUUGUCUUCGUUUACGAGCGCAAUCGAUUCGAUUUGUACAUUAAGAGAAGAGGUUGCAACCCCUGCGUUGUCAAAUGGGACAAUCGUUCCGUAUCCGAACGAGCUCGGAUGUAUUAUGCGAGUAUUAUCUCGAGAUAAUGAGAUGCUGCUUGUGUAAAGGUAAGUUCGACCGUCGAUGAUGUAUACCAAACCUAAAUGCUAUCUUCCUGUAUAAAUAAUAAUCGCGAAGUCGCAGUAGUGUUCGAUGAUAUUUCGACGACGUCGCUCUCCGACGCGCGAUGCAUAGUAUUCGCGUAAAUUUUGUACGUACGUGCAAUCGAUCACUUUGAUGAGUGGAGACUAAUUAAAAAUGUGGACGACGAGCGGAAAUGGAUUGUAUAAAUAUAGUCGUGUGAGAAGGUAGUGGAGAAUAAUUCUGUAAAUAAUUGUGAACAAAAAAAAAUACUGUAACCAAGUAUCACGGCGGAAUAAAGAUGGAGCUUCGUGUCGCAUAUGAAGCUAUCGAUAAGAUUU